AUGGAACUAACAUCAGAAUUUAAAAAAUCUAACUUGAAGUUACUGGCACUAACUGAAAUAAAGAAAAAAGGAGCAGGAGAAAUGAUCGUGGAAGAUUGCACUAUAAUGUAUAGCGGUGUAGAAUCAUCAAUAUGGGCACAAGCAGGAGUGGGAUGUAUUGUCAAAAACGAUUUUAUGAGCAGAAUAAAAAGGUGGGAAGGAGUUAAUGAACGAAUUAUGGUCGUUGAAGUAAGAUUUGAUGAGGACGAGUUUUGGACAGUUAUAAUAGUAUACGGACCCAAUGAAAAUGACAAUAAAAAUAGUAAAGAAAAAUUUUGGGAUGAAUUACAGGAAGUGUAUGAGAAAAGUAGCAGUCCCAUCUUGAUAGUUGGUGAUCUGAAUGCUAGAGUGGGCAGUGAAGCAAGAAAUAGCAAUGGGGUAAUAGGAAGUUUUGGAGAGAUAAUUAAAAAUAAAAAUGGCGAACUAUUAAUUGACUUCUGUAACUCAAACGAGACUAAUAAUUUUGAAUACAUGGUUUCAACACAAAGAAAUACACAAAUUCACCCGUGUUGCCCCAACACGAAAUGA